AUGGCUCAAUCUUAUGUCGUCGCGGCAGAAGGUCCGGAAGACCUCGAGCGCCAACCUGGGAUCGAACCGGAUCGCGAGCACAAGACCAGUGACAGCAAAUUCCGAAUCGGACUCCGAGGUGACACCCAGCCCUCCAGCGUACCGAUCGCCUGGUGUAGUGGAGAUUUCCCUUCUUGCAAGCCUUGGGCAUUUACUAAAACCUUCGGCUCUCAGAACCGUCUAUCCAAACCAUCGAAAACAAGUCCUACAAAACAGUCGGAGUGGAACAAGACGCACCGCAAAUGUCUGAAAAUUCUGGACGAAGCCGAAGACGACAAAGAGCGAUUGUCCAAUCUGGUGGCUCAAGAACGGCAGCAAUCUCAACAGGCUGCACAGCAGCACCGAACGGAAAAGGCCCAGCUUUCUACUCAAAUUCAGCACCUGGUGGCUGACAGAAAGCAGGCCAUGGAGGAAUGCGAGAGGGUGCGAACCGAAAAUCUUCAGUUGCAAAGCCGCCUUGAGACGGCGACAAGCAAUGCCAAUAGCCUGAACCAAUGGCCGCAGGCAGAUAUGGAGACUUUCUUAGGCAUGAUACAUGGGGAUCUAUCCACCACGGCGGCCCGUAUCUGGGGCCGUAGGGAUGAAUUGAGAAAUUCCUACCUGGCGACAUUCUCAGACGUGCUACAGCCACCAUAUCUGCAGAACUCGGGGCCUAUGGGGGAGAUGGGUAACCAGGUGUUCCCAAGCGCCCCAUUACCUGGCACAAAUGGUGCAUUCCCCUCCACCAACCCGCUUGUUCCGAGUUCCGGGCCUAAUGCCUAG